AGGUUCUCUCCCGUCGGCUACAAACGAAACGGAGACAAGAUUCUACCUCUUCAAUUUCACGUCUCUUUCUUUUCUUCCCUUUCAUACGCCCCACGAAGACGAGGAAAAAGGAAAGAAAGAGAGAGAAACAAAUCACCCCUUUUCUUUCCUUCUCUUCAAUCCUUCAACCCUUCAAUCAACACCAAAAUAUUUGUUGGGUGUCUCAAAAAAUCCAACCUUUGAUGGAUUUUGAUGAUCUGAAGGCUUAAUUCUACGAACCCUUUGGUGGGUCUCUGCUAUCUUAAUCAUUCACAAGUCGAAACAAUCAGUUUGGAAUGGACUAUCAAUGCUUGCAUGGUCGAAAUUGAAUGAUGUCCACAGACCAAAAGGGUGCAAAUGCUUUCACCCGAUUCAAAUUGCCAUGGCGAGCAGAAUCACCACUAACCACUGGAUUGCUUAAUGACUCCGUUCCUGAGAUAGAACUGUCCUCGUACCAAAGGCUACCGAGUUCUGGUAGUGAGAGCCCUUCUGGACUUCUCAAUGGUGAAAGCUUGAAGGUAGAGGCAAUUGCAGAUUUAGAUCUAUUCUUUGAAAGGUUGUAUAGUUAUUACUGUGAAAAGGGGCUUUGGUGCAUUAUCAUCAAGUGGAUAGUCGAGCUCUUGAGUCUUGGUUUCACGAUAUGUUUUUCCGGGUUUUUCUUAUUAUUUGUUGAUUGGCAUGGUCUGCGCAAUGCGAAGUGUGGGAUAGAUGCAGUUGAGUCAGGAAUAAAGCCUUGUGAUCUGGCUAAGGAAGCUCUUGACCGACACCCUUUAACUCCUUUUACAUUUUCCAAAGCUAUCAUUGUUGGGUAUCUGGGAAUAUUUUCUAUUUAUUGGGUCUUUUGCUUCUUGAGGUUUUUUGCGCAGUUGAAAGAUACAUUGGAGACCCGUCACUUCUAUUAUAAUUGUCUUAAUGUUACAGACCGUGAAAUUCAGACUACUCCAUGGGCAGUGAUUCUAGAAAAGGUGGUUCAGAUACAAAGAUCGCAGCAACUAUGUGUGGUGAAGGAUCUUUCAGCACAUGAUGUUGUUAUGCGGAUAAUGCGCAAGGAUAACUACUUGAUUGGGAUGCUCAACAAAGGGGUGCUCGCCUUCCCGAUUCCUCAGUGGGUUCCAGGAGCUGGUCCUGCUGUCAACUCUAGAGCACACGGGCGAAAACAUCAUCUGAUACUUACAAAAACUCUAGAAUGGACAUUAAAUUGGUGCAUAUUGCAGAGCAUGUUUGACAGAAAUUUUUGUGUUAGGAGGGACUUCAUCAGCAAUCCUACUGCCUUAAAGAAGAGACUAAUGGCAGUUGGGCUUGGGAUGCUUCUCAUUUCUCCAUUUCUUGUUAUUUUUAUGCUGGUGUAUCUCUUCUUGAGGCAUGCUGAACAAUUUUAUAAUCAUCCGAGCACAGCUUCAUCUCGGAGGUGGUCUAACUUAUCAAAGUGGAUUUUUCGAGAAUUCAAUGAGGUCGAUCAUCUGUUCAGACACCGGAUUGACAGUAGUGUUGUACAUGCUGCUGAAUAUCUAAAGCAAUUCCCCUCUCCUAUUGUUACCCUAAUUGCCAAAUUCAUUUCUUUUGUUUCUGGUGGCUUCGCUGCUAUUCUGAUCAUCAUUGCAUUCCUGGAAGAGUCUCUGCUAGAGGGUCAUAUAUUUGGUCGCAACCUCUUUUGGUAUGCUGCGGUUUUUGGGACUGUGACAGCUAUCAGUAGGGCUGCUGUGGCCAAUGAGUUUCAGGUCCUUGAUCCAGAAGGGGCAAUGUCUCUCGUUGUCCAGCAUACGCAUUAUGUGCCAAAGCGAUGGCGUGGUAAAGAAAAUACUGAUUCAGUCCGUACAGAGUUUGAAACCUUAUUUCAGUACACUGGCAUGAUGUUAUUGGAGGAGAUGGCCUCAAUUUUCCUUACACCAUAUUUACUUCUAUUCAUUGUACCAAAGCACGUCGAUAAUAUUUUGCAGUUCGUUUCAGAUUUUACAGUGGGUGUUGAUGGUGUUGGUGAUGUUUGCAGCUUAAGUACCUUUGACUUUGAAAGCCAUGGAAAUAGCAACUAUGGCUCACCAUACAAUAGUGCACGUGUCCAAAGGAGUUCUCAAGGGAAAAUGGAGAAAUCAUUCUUAAGCUUCCAGAGCAGCUAUCCUACAUGGGAACCAAAUGCACAGGGCAAGCAAUUCAUAUCAACUCUCCGAAAUUUCCGAGAGCGGCAGAUGCAACACCAUGAAACCCAACAUGCAUAUUCGCCAACCAGGACAUGGACGCUGAACCCCAAUUCAAGGGGCUACACCGAAACACACGGCUUUUUGUCAAGGGACGUACACUACAAUGUGGGGCCCAUUCCUAGAAUGGGCUAUCAAUUGGGUUCUCUAUGGUCGAUCAACGCUGAUCAGAAGACCCACCCAUAUCUGCUCGAUUGGUAUUACAUGUCCCACCCAUCUUUUCCAGCAUAUGAUCCAAGGGGCAUCCCAACAAUACCCACUGAGGCAGCCGACCUGCAAACCACCGAUGUCCGGAUGCCGUAUGAGAAUACGGAAGUCAAACCGAGAUGUGAGGAAAACUGGAGUUUUCCAUUGGAGGAUCGGAUGAAUAGUCAUUUUCAGGCGUCUACGUCAAGCCCUUUCGUCCAGGACAGCAUGCUUCAACAUCAUGAUUCAGGCCAUGUAGGAUUCUCCACUGAGAGCCGUUGGUGGGCCCGAAGUGGCCCGAAGUUGACUGGUGGGCCACAGGCCAGUUUUCUUGAGCCACCCAUUUUUGACCGCCAUGAUUCGAAUCAUGAUCAUGACAACUACUCCGAUGGAAGCAGAGAGGAGCAAGAGGGAGGCAUGGAGUGGAGGAAUCCUCACCGGUUUUCUUUCAUGGAUGACGGUGAGAAAGAUUACGAAGGCUUUAAUCUGCCGUUCAAUGACAUCUACAGUGGGCCAUUAGAGAGCACUAGAACGGAGCCUGCAACAGAAGGUUAUAAAUAGCAUCUGGCUACGUUCUUUCUGAUCUUUCUAUGAGGCUAUCUCCAUUGGGAUUAUGCUUGCAUGGCUCACCACAGAUGGGCAGAAAUGCAUGACUUUCCAAGGUGGGUGUUCUUGUUUUUCAUUUUACAGGUAAGGAAUUGUAGGGUGUUGAUGCAUCACAGUGUACAGUGUCCUGAUGGGUCCAUGGAUCACUAACCUGAUGGGCCCUACUAUUGAUGGCAUGCUUCAAAAGGUCUCCCUGGAUUGAAGAUAAGUAAUCCUGGAUUAAUGGCCAAUGAAAAGACCUAAGAAAAUAAUUUUAAAAAAAAGCUGAGUAUCCGGUGGCCGACAGCUUCCUGUCAUGAAGGUUUUUUGGGGGGAUCUUCUAUCAUCAGUGGGACCCAUUGUGUGAAUGAUCUGGACAUCCAACCGUGGACCCCACUUGUACAGACUGAAUGCAUGAGGUGACCACCAUCCCGAUGCAUCUUUUGCCCUCUGAUUCCUCUUUAUGGGCGACACAAAUAUGGGGUAUUCUUUUGUACAAAAUUGCCAUUUAUAAGGGACGCUAUCGAUGCGAAAUUUUAGAUGAAGAUAGUGGCUGAUGCCAUGGAUUCCAGUUUUAAUGUUAUGACUGCCAAACAUGUCCCUCAUGGCCCCCCAUUAAUUGCAAAUCAUUGCUUGUAACUGUC